GACAAAAUUCUUAUUGCAAACCGAGGAGAAAUUGCCUGCCGGGUUAUUAAUACUUGUAAGAAGAUGGGCAUCAAAACUGUUGCAAUUCACAGUGAUGUAGAUGCCAGUGCUGUUCAUGUGAAAAUGGCAGAUGAAGCUGCCUGCGUAGGACCAGCUCCCUCCAACAAAAGCUACCUCAACAUGGAUGCCAUCAUGGAGGCCAUUAGGAAAACCGGUGCCCAAGCUGUCCACCCAGGAUAUGGGUUUCUUUCAGAAAACAAAGAAUUUGCCAGACGCCUGGCUGCUGAAGGUGUCACCUUCAUUGGACCUGACACACAUGCUCUUCAGACCAUGGGAGACAAGAUUGAAAGCAAAUUAAUAGCCAAGAAUGCUAAGGUUAACAUUAUCCCUGGCUUUGAUGGAAUGGUCAAGGAUGCACAUGAAGCUGUCAGAAUUGCCAGGGAAAUUGGCUACCCCGUCAUGAUCAAGGCCUCAGCAGGUGGUGGUGGGAAAGGCAUGAGAAUAGCCUGGAAUGAUGAAGAGACCAGGGAAGGUUUUAGAUUUUCAUCGCAAGAAGCUGCUUCCAGUUUUGGUGAUGAUCGACUCUUGGUGGAGAAGUUCAUUGACAAUCCUCGGCACAUUGAAAUACAGGUCCUAGCAGACAAGCACGGUAAUGCUCUCUGGCUUAAUGAGAGGGAAUGCUCCAUUCAAAGAAGAAACCAGAAGGUGGUUGAAGAGGCACCAAGCACUUUUCUGGACCAAGAGACUCGCAGAGCUAUGGGAGAGCAGGCAGUGGCCUUGGCAAAAGCAGUGAAAUAUUGCUCCGCUGGCACUGUUGAAUUCCUUGUGGAUUCCGAGAAGAACUUUUACUUCUUAGAAAUGAAUACUCGACUUCAGGUUGAGCAUCCUGUCACAGAAUGUAUUACUGGCCUGGACCUCGUCCAACAAAUGAUCCGCGUUGCUAAGGGUUACCCACUUUGCCAGAAGCAAGCUGAUAUUCCCAUCAAUGGCUGGGCAGUUGAAUGCAGAGUUUAUGCAGAGGAUCCCUACAAAUCCUUUGGUCUGCCUUCGAUAGGUCGGCUCUCUCAGUAUCAAGAGCCGUUACAUGUGCCCAGUGUACGAGUUGACAGCGGCAUUCAAGAAGGAAGUGAGAUCAGCAUUUAUUAUGAUCCUAUGAUAUCAAAGCUGGUUACGCAUGGCACUAAUCGUGCAGAAGCACUACAGAGAAUGGAAGAGGCUCUUGACAAUUACGUAAUUCGAGGAGUGACUCACAACAUUGGAUUACUACGGGAGAUUAUCAUUCACCCACGCUUUGUUGAAGGAGACAUUACCACCAAAUUUCUUCCAGAGGUCUACCCAGAUGGCUUUAAAGGACAUAAACUGACAGAUUUUGAGGGCAAGGAACUGAUGGCUACUGCUGCAUCCAUUUUUGUAACUGAUUCGGUGAGGUCUCGGAAAUUCCUUGAAAAAAUGACAGGGGUUCCUGCUGCUAAACAAGAACAGAAGAACUGGGAGCUGUCAGUGGAGAUACAUGAUUCGGUGCAUUCCGUUACUGUCUCAAAAUCAGGGUCAUCAAACAUUGUAGAGGUGGAUGGAAAGACGCUGAAUGUGACCAGUGAGUGGAACCUUGCUUCAGCCUUGUUGCCUGUCACCAUUGAUGGCACCCAAAGGACCAUUCAGUGCCUUUCUCGAGAUGCAGCAGGAAAUAUGAAAAUUCAAUACCUGGGCACGGUGUACAAAAUCCAAGUACUGACCAAGCUGGCAGCAAAGUUGAAUGAGCACAUGCCUAUCAAAUUGCCAGAGGACACAAGCAGCAUCCUGAGAUCACCAAUGCCUGGAUCGGUAAUCUCUGUUUCGGUUAAAUCAGGAGAUGAGAAAAUAGAAGAGUAGCCACUGACAGCAGAUGUGAAGAGUAUGCAGUCCAAACCAUUCUGCUCUCCCAGCAAGAGAGCAACCUGCCAGGAGAGAAAACAAAGAAUCCCCUCCUUUCAGAAAUGGCUAAAAGGAAGUGUUUUGCCAGUUCUUAACCGUUGGGGGACUGAAGUAGGCACAACACCAAUAUGAAUUAUGUAAUUUUUCCACUUGAUAUACUGUGACUUAUUAAACACACUGUGUACAUUUUACCAACUACACAUUUACAUUAGCAAAUCAGUGUGACAAGAUAAUGAUUAAUUCUGUAUUUUUGUUCUGCCACUAGAUGUCACAUUCACACUUAAUACCACAUCAAAUCAUGCCAUAGCUACAAGGUAUACUAAAGCCACCUAUAGCCAGAACACUAUU